ACUUUAGGGCAAAACGCUGGGCGGGCCGCGGCUACGGACGGCGGCCAUUUUGGAUAGGGGAGAAGAAGCUCGCGUUUGGCAGCCAUCUUGCUUGGGGGCAAUGUAGCCGUUAGGACCGUUGGAGGCGGGCACGGCGUAGCGGGAGACGCGGCGCGAGCGCAGCGUGGCAGCGCUGCUCCCAAGCUGGGUCUCGUUGCCUGUAGCCGCUGCGUCUCAGGCUGCAGUCCCGCUUUCCCUGGAAACAGAGGUGCGCGGUGGCGGCUCGGAGUAACGGCCGUCCCUCAGGCUCCGCCUCCCGAAGCUUCCCGUUGAUUUUAAAAAAGCCGCCUCGUUUUCGCUGCCUGCCGUUGUGCCCCGUUCGCUCCUGCGCUCCUCUGCCUGAGUCUUCAUGCAGGUACCCACCUCUUCUCACAUGUGAUAACAGCUCCCAAAGAUGGGCAGAGCAUGAAAAGUUUGUAAUGUUAGAAGUUGCUGUAUGUAGGCAUGUGUAGCAGGAGUUUUCAGUUCUGUCAGCAGGGAAAGCCACAUCUUCACUAAGGACCAGCUUACGCUGAGCUGUCAUGGCAUCCGACAAGUUUGUCAUUAAGUGUGGGAACUUUGCUGUUUUGGUAGAUGUUCAUAUUUUGCCCGAAGGCUCCAAUAAAGACACCAGCUGGUUUUCAGAUCAGGAGAAGGAGGAGGUCUGCAUGUACCUAGAAGAGGUGGUCGUUUCACGGAUCAAACGCUACUUGGAAGCACCUAAAAAGCGUGGUCAAUGGAAGUCAGUGGAACAUGCAUCGUCAGCUCCUCUGUUCAUUACAGCCAACAAUUUUCACAUUACUGCCUACUUUAUGAAGAGAUGGGUUAAUCUCCGUUGUGCUCUAGGGAAACGUUAUCGUGAGCUUCGUAUGUUUCCAGACAAAUUUGUUGUUUGUAUCAGUAAACUUGAAUUUAAUCCAAGCGCUUGGACAUGUGAAAGCGGUGCACCGAAAGAAGUUUCCAAUGGGACAUCUGAAUAUUUUUCUGAAUCUGCUGAAAACAGAAAGCUUCAGCUUAGUCUGAACGAACAGAUAAAGCAAGAUAUCUUGAAGGAAAUUGUGAAAAGGACAAAAAAGGGGAAAAAUAGUGUGAGCAAACCUCAAACCAACAAGGACUCCAAGAAAGUGGAUCUUGGCUCAGUGGGCUUACAGACAGGGAACAGAAAGAAUGACUGUCAAACUUCUCCCAGUCCUCAAUCAGAAGUGAAAUGGAGGAGCACAGGACGGCUAAAGAACUGCAUAAAUACAGCUGAGAGCAACUUGGAGUUUCCUGUUUCAGAGCUGGAAAAUAAUGUUAAUCAGAGACAGGCAGAGGAUGCUAGCAGCCAGCAAAAACCUCAUUCUGUGGAGCGGUUGAAGUCAAGACUUCUAAGCAAAAAUUCUCCUUGUAGCUAUGAGUCAGCACUGCUAGGCCCAAAACAAAAUCAAAAAAUAUCUGAAACACAGUCUCAACAAAAGAGUUGUAGUUCAGAAGAAAAGUUAAACCAUUUCAAAGAAAUAUCCUCUGAAGAGACUCCUUUUAUUCCUGGCAACACAGAAAGGAGUAAGUGCAGUGAUGAUCACCUAGGUCUGUUCUUGGAGGAGAAGACCCCACUUAAUUCCAGGUUGUUUUCUAAACAAGACUUUAAAAAAAUUGCAUCUGAUGAAAACUUACUUACUUUUGGAACAAACCAAUCCCAGCCUCUUUCUAUGAGGACAAACCAAAAUGAGCCAGACACAACCACUGAAGAAUUACCUGUGGUGCCUUUAGCAUCCUAUUUAGAAAUGCAGACUGUGUCUUCAAAGAAGCUGAUCCAAAAAAGGAAAAAAGAAGGUGAAGAUGGUCUCAGGAAGUUAAAACUACGAAGGCUUAAGAAACCAUAAAGACUGAAAUAUCACCAUGGUAGUGUGGGCAGACAGCCAGAUUUGUGUUUGGAAAGCAUAUACAAAAAGUAGGAAGCAAUUAAAUUUAAAAAAUUUAUUUUUUAAAAAAGUCAAAAUUAGAUAAAAUUUUAAAUAACCAGUUAACGAGGCAUCUUAGCUAUUUGGAACUGUAAUGAAGGUAAUCAUAUCUUUUCGUAUUAGAUACAUAAAUAUUGUACAAACCAAGUGUAAUAUUUAGAGAAAGAAAAAUCUCCUAUAACAUAAUAUUUACUAAGCAAAAUUUCAGACCAGUGAUUGUUUUGAUACUAUUAAGAAGUCCUGACAGCUGAUGACAGUAUGAGCUCAAAUCACUAUUGUAAUCCCUCAACAGCUACAGUUAUCUUUUUUUUUCCUUGUUUCUAAGCACACAGUUUGUUUUGGUCAAAAUUAAUCCUUUUCCAUGUUAGGAAGUUUCUGGUUUAUUCAUAUGAUAUUUACAAGAGUAAGACAAGUUGAGGUUAUUUCAAAUACAUCUUUAGCUGGAUUUUGAUAUUGUUGGUAAUUGAAGGGCUGCAUUUUCAGUUGGCUUUCCCUUGCUUGUGCUUGGGCAGUUUUCACAUGAAUACCUAUUUCUAAACUGAGCUGUGGAUACAAGUGGUCAUGCAUUUGCUACCUGUAAAAAUGUAACACAAACAUGCACUCAGGUUUCAAAAUCAACCCUUGUUUGUGUGUGAGGUCACCACACGGUGCUUUUGAGGUGUUAGCAAUUGGAAUUUUUUAAGAUAGGGAUAAUUUUUAACUGUUCAAGGCUUUUUGGUACUCUUUUUGUAACUUGAAUGCUAAUGUGCUAUGGAAAUGUAACUUCCUAUUUCAUGUUUAUAUUUUUAAAUGGUUAAAAUAAAACGGCAAGCAAUUUC